CCCGGGGCGGCCUUUCCCUGCGCAGCUGUGGCAGCGGCAGGCGGGAUGACGGCGGAGGAGAUGAAAGAGGAUGGGGCUGCCUUGGAAGGGGUGGACAUCACCCCCAAGCGCGAUGAGGGCGUCCUGAAGGUUGUCAAGAGAGAAGGCAGUGGAAUAGAGUUUCCAAUGAUCGGUGAUAAAGUGACUGUCCAUUACACAGGAUGGCUUAUUGAUGGCACAAAAUUUGACUCCAGUCUGGACAGGAAAGACAAAUUUUCAUUUGACUUGGGGAAAGGUGAGGUGAUCAAAGCAUGGGACAUUGCUGUGGCUACUAUGAAGGUUGGUGAAAUCUGUCGGAUUACAUGUAAACCAGAAUACGCCUAUGGCUCGGCUGGGAGCCCCCCAAAGAUACCUCCCAAUGCUACACUGAUUUUUGAGAUAGAACUUUUUGAGUUCAAGGGGGAAGACCUCACUGAUGAUGAAGAUGGUGGCAUCAUCCGAAGAAUCCAUAAAAAAGGGGAAGGGUACUCCAAGCCCAAUGAGGGUGCGCUUGUAGAGAUCCAAUUUGAAGGCCGAUGUGGAGAUCGUGUGUUUGACAGGCGGGAACUGCAGUUUGAGAUUGGAGAAGGUGACAACUAUGAUCUUCCACAUGGUCUGGAGAAAGCAAUUCAAAAAAUGGAGAAAUCAGAGGAAUCUGUGUUCUAUCUCAAACCCAACUAUGGUUUUGGAAGUGCUGGGAAGGAGAAAUUUCAGAUUCCUCCAGAUGCUGAGCUGCAAUAUGAAGUGAAACUCAAAAGCUUUGAGAAGGCUAAGGAGUCCUGGGAAAUGAACACAGAUGAAAAGCUGGAACAAAGCAGCAUUGUGAAGGAGAGAGGCACUCAAUACUUCAAGGAAGGGAAGUACAAACGGGCAGCAUUACAGUAUAAGAAGAUUGUGUCAUGGCUGGAGCAUGAAUCAGGACUCUCUGAUGAGGAGGAUACAAAAGCCAAAAGCUUGAGGCUUGCUGCCCACCUUAAUCUAUCUAUGUGCCAUCUCAAACUGAAGGAAUACUCCCAGGCUUUGGAGAACUGCAACAAGGCACUCGAAUUGGAUAGGAACAAUGAAAAAGGUCUCUUCCGGCGUGGAGAAGCACACUUGGCUGUCAAUGACUUUGAAUUGGCCCGAGGAGAUUUUCAGAAAGUGAUACAACUUUAUCCAAGUAACAAAGCUGCUAAAGUGCAAUUGGUGACUUGUCAGCAAAAAAUACGGGAGCAGCACGAGAAAGAGAAAAAAAUGUAUGCUAACAUGUUCCAAAGGCUUGCAGACAAAGACUUAAAGUCAGCUGCUACUCUUCAGACCAGACACACUGAAGAUGCAGAAAUGGAAGAUGGGCAGAAUGGAGUCGAAGAUAAAUCGGAAGUUGACACAGAAGCAUAAAACAAACCCUAUUCCAUUACUUUUGUAAAUGAAAUAAUUUCCAGUGAAUUAGACCUUUAUUUUUCUAUCUGGUUGGAUAGUGGCUUCAGGGGAGCAGAGUCUGAGGCCGCCACACCACAGUCAGUUCCAGCGUUCUGUCAGUUGAAGAACCUGAGUGGCAGCGUAAAUCUGGUUUAAUCCUAGGGACUUUAUUUAUUCAUUCAGCCUCUGUUAUUGUUCAGGUUCUGUCUGGAUUUACUCUGCUUGGUUUAUUUGUGUUUUGCCACUGGCGUUUAUCUCUUUUUGGAUCCAGUUCAAUUUAAUCCUGGGUUUUGCUUCCUAAAUUUUACUUCUUUAAAGUAAUCAGCCUCUUCCAGGAGUCCUCACAUGAAGCUUGAGAACAGAUUGUUGUUCCCAGUUCUUCUGCCUUGGCAUUGCCCUGUCCCUUCUGCUCAGUAGGGAGUCCUUCCAGUAAGUGUUGUAUCCUUUCUUGUAUGCCUCCUGUUUGCAAAUUGCUGAUGGUGAAGACUGUGAAGUCCUAGCUUAAGUAAUAAAGCUGCAAUUAAA